AUGGUCUCUUGUCUGUUGGAGGAUUUUGAUGUGGAAAAAACCAAAUCAACUCCUUUAUUGUUUCCUACCAUGGUUACGGAUCAAAACCUUUCAACCAUUCUUGGGGGUUGUUUAAAAAGUCAACAAUUUCGUUCCAAUAUGGCAUUCAAGAAAUCCUAUCUUUUGAAUUACCAAUCUCUCAAACAUUCUCUAGGUGGCAAUUCAAAAUCACUCAGAGCACUUGCUCAAGUUGGUUAUCAAAACUCCCAUUUUCAAAGUGACCAAGUAUAUGAAAAAAUCUUGGUUGCUAUUGAUCAAUCAAUCGCUAAUCAUGGUGAGACUAUCAACGGUAAUAAUAAUUCAAUGGUUUUUGAAAAAGUUAAAUCAUCAUAUCUAAUUAUAGUAUAUAUUGUACAAAUGGCUGUGGAUCAAGAAAAUGUCAAUAUGGCAAUUAUUCCAAUUCAAGCCACAUUGCCUUUUAAUAAUAAUAAUAAUAAUAAUAAUAAUAAUAAUAAUAGCAUCUCAUCCUUUGAAGUCAUUGAAACUUUUCCAACAACCAAUGGUAAUACAGAUACAACCCAUUCAACCACUCCUCAUCCUCAUCCUCAUCCUCAUCCUCAUCCUCCUCCUCUUCAUCCUCAUCCUCCUCCCCAUCCUCUUCCUCUUCCUCUUUUAAUUGAAUCAACUCUUUUACCAAUUCAAGAUAAUACUUAUUAUCAAAUCAUUCAAGUUCACCAAUUUCAAGAUAGAAAACAGGCUUAG